ACGCAAUGAAAGUAAAUUUGGUUAACCUACAUACAGUCACGUCUUUUCUUUACAGACAGGCCACCUCGGUGGAAAGCACUGCAAAACAGUCUCAUUCAUGCAUGAUGAUGUCGGUAGAGGUACAGAGAUAUACAAUGCUCUUGAUAGUGGUUGUUGUAGCCGUGGUCGCAGCGCUAGUUCCAGUCGCCAGUGCCGGACAGUGUGUGGACGCCAAACCUGGCGCUAACUUCACUAACGAGCGCUACUAUGGGCUGUGGUACGAGAUCGGCAAGAUACAAACCGCCGGAGGAGCUUUCUUUGAGAAGGACUGUGUCUGCACCAACAUCGCCAUCAAGGCCGACCCCAGCGGGAACGCAGGAGACGCCAUCGUUACUAACAGCUGCAGGAAGAAAACUCCGCAGGGACAGUAUCUCAACGCUACAGCCAAACUGAUCCAGGAGACAGUACCAGGGAAAUGGCAAGAGAGCUUCUUCCCUUUUGCUCCCACGCAAACCUACACCAUAAUCUACAUCGGUGAUGACUAUGCUGUGGAGUAUGACUGUGAGUCUGUGUUCGGCCUGCUGAACUACUGUAUCCACAUCCUGUCCCGGAAACCCACUCAAGACCCUGACCUCACCAAGAAGCUCCUGCAAGGCUCCUUAGACAUGGGACUCAACUCUGAGGAACUGGAGUAUGUGCAGACACUGCAGGAGGGCUGCUGGUAGAUGGAAAAACGAGAAAACCAACAUUUACAGCAAAACCAAUGAUGCAUUUUAAACAAGGCACCCGACUAUGCGCUCUUGAACACCUGAAAAGUGCCUUUGGCUUAAGGUUGAAUAAAGGUUUAAAAAAAAACAACCUUUGUUAUCAAGGCCGCACUAACCUAUUCCUUUGGUUCCCAGACAUUUAAAGUAAAAAUUCAGCAAAAUGACAAAUGAAAAUAGAAGCCUGUAAGAAUUAAAUCUGGCUAUAUUCACUGUUGAUAUAUGUGUAUAGCAAU